CGAAGUCCGCAACGUCCGCAAUGGCCGCCCUCGACGCCCCCAACGUCCCCGACGCCUCCCGCCGCAAAUUUAUCCUCGCCUCGCGCGCCUCGAAGCUCGCGCAGAUCCAGACCGACAGCGUGCGCGACGCUCUACAGGCCGCGUUCCCCGAGCUGGAUUUCGAGACGUCCUUCAUGACCACGGAGGGCGACAAGACCGCGCAGGCGCUCUACCUCCUCGGCGGCAAGGCGCUCUGGACGAAGGAGCUCGAGGUCGCGCUGCGCGAGGGCGCCGUCGACAUGCUCGUGCACUGCUGCAAGGACGUGCCGACCGUGCUGCCGCCCGGGUACGAGCUCGCGGCCAUCCUCGAGCGCGAGAAUCCCGUGGACAGUUUGGUGGUGAAGAAGGCCUUGCCGUACAAGACGCUGGAGGAGCUGCCGGAUGGGAGUGUCGUGGGCACGAGCAGUGUGAGGCGGGUUGCGCAACUGAGGAGACGGUUCCCGAAGCUUGUGUUUAUGGAUGUGGGGGGGAAUCUAAACACCCGCGUAGCCAAGCUCGACGCGCCCGACGGGCCCUACACUGCGCUCGUGCUCGCCAAGGCCGGGAUGGUGCGCGUCGGCAUGGGCGAGCGCAUCACGAGCGACAUCGGUCCGCCGACGCUCUUCUACGCCGUCGGGCAGGGCGCGCUGACGAUCGAGAUCCGCGGCGGCGACGACCGCGCACGCGAGCUCGCCGGCACGCUCACACACUGGCAAACGCAGUACAAGUGCCUCGCCGAGCGCGCGUGCCUGCGCAUGCUCGAGGGCGGGUGCAGCGUCCCCGUCGGCGUCGACUCGCAGCUGCAGACGCGGGGCGAGGGCAAGGGCGUGCUCAAGAUAACGGGGUGUGUCACGAGCUUGGAUGGGCAGACGCAUGUCGAGCAUACGCUUACGGAGGAGGUGGCGUCGCCCGACGAUGCAGAGCGGGUUGGGCAGCAGCUGGCGAAGACGUUGCUCGAGACGGGGGCCAAGGCGAUUCUGGAAGACGUUACGAGGGACAGGCAAAAGCGCUCGGGGGAGCUCAAGUCUGCCAGCGAGGCCGCAAAGAUAGAGGCAACGAUGGAGGGCACGGCAUCGUCGUGAAGUAUUGUAUUGCUGUAUCUACCACUGUUGUAAAACAAAACAUAGACAUGCCUGCACGUCCUCGUUCCCCCUCAGCCCAUAUCCCGACAGCUGAAUGAUAUGUCCCUCGCCGUUCCAUAUUCGAAAGUGCUCCUCAAUAAUGCACCUCGACAGCGACGAGCGAGAUUCUUC